UUGUUGAUGAUCGUCGUAUGUUAGCACAAUGGAUAAGCGCCGUCUAUCUUGUGCCGCAGUGACAUCGCUCUAAAGGCGAAACAACCCGGAAUCCAUCAACUUCGUGAUAUUUAAAAGCCUCAGAGGAACCGUUCACGGUCAGCGAAGGGAGGAAUUUUAAUGUCACCGUUGUAAAGCAGGAUGAUUCCGACGUUGCUGCGCUGAAGGACGACAUAUGACAUCUGCCUGCUUUUACCGUCUCAUCUGAGGUUGUGUGGGUCUGCUCUGCACCUCUCAGUUCCCAGAAUGGCUGUGCUACGGCAGUUUGGAUUACUACUCUGGAAGAACUACCUGCAGCAGAAGCGGCAGAUCCUGGUGACGUUGGUGGAGGUGGCGUUACCCCUUCUCUUUGCCGCCAUCCUCAUCUGGAUUCGGCAGCGGGUCCCGUUCCACAACUACCCCAAUGUCACGCACUACAACAGCUUCUCCGUGGACCACGUGCCCUUCCCGCUGGAGUUCGGCCGCUACCAGCUGGCCUACGUCCCCGGCAACGCCAGCACAGUGCGGCAGGUGGCAGAGGACGUGCGGCACAUGCUGGGGGACAUGGCCAUCAAGUCCGUCCGAGGCUUUGAGACAGAGGAGCAGUUUGAAGACUUUGUGAAGACGGACCCUGAGUCUGGAAAGGUCCUGGCUGCGGUGGUGUUUGACAACGCCUUCACCCAUGAUGACGAUCCUCUACCACUAGAGGUGAGCUACCGGCUACGGUUCCCCUACAGCCCUCGGUUCGCCCCCGCCAAGGAGAAGUCGGAGCUAAAUCCCAACAAUGACAUGGACUGGCACACAAACAACCUCUUCCCCCUCUUCCAGCUGCCAGGGCCACGGGAGCAGCACGACCUGCGAGGUGGCACACCAGGUUAUUACCGUGAGGGUUUCCUGGCCGUGCAGCGGGCGGUGGACCGGGCCAUCAUGCGCUCCUACAACCGGACGGCGGCGACGUCCCUACUGGCCCGUACGCGCGUGGUGCUGUCCCGCUUCCCCUACCCCGCCUUCAUAUACGACGUCUUCAUACUGGUCAUCCAGAACCAGCUGCCUCUACUGCUGGUCCUCAGCUUCACAUACACCUCCCUCAACAUCAUACGCGCCGUGACGCAGGAGAAGGAACGCAAACUCAAGGAGUACAUGCGUAUGAUGGGCUUGAGUAACUGGCUCCACUGGUGCGCCUGGUUCCUGAUGUUCCUCCUCUUCCUCUCCAUCUCCAUGUUCUUCGUCACCCUGCUCUUCUGCGUCAAAGUGAGCAGUAAAGGGGCCGUGUUGACCUAUAGUGACCCCACUCUGGUCUUCGUCUUCCUGAUGCUGUUUGCCGUGGCAACCAUCAACUUCAGCUUCAUGAUCAGCUCCUUCUUCUGCAGAGCCAACGUGGCGGCAGCGGCAGGUGGCUUCAUCUACUUCCUUAGUUACCUGCCGUACGUAUUCCUGUGGCCGCGCUACGACCUGCUAAGCCACGCCCAGAAGACCUCCGCAUGCCUCAUCUCCAACGUCGCCAUGGCAAUGGGUGCCCAGCUCAUCGGCAUGUUCGAGGGGAAAGGCACGGGGGUGCAGUGGAGCAACCUGUUUGAUGCGGUGACUGUGGACGAUGACUUCUCCAUGGCACAGGUGCUGGGUCUGCUGCUGCUGGAUGCGCUGCUGUACGGCAUGGUGGCCUGCUACGUGGAGGCCGUCUUCCCCGGGGAGUACGGGGUCCCUCUGCCCUGGUACUACUUCCUACUGCCGUCGUACUGGGGCAGCACCCCGCGUGUGGCGCUGGUGAAGGAGAAGGAGGAAGAGGAGGAUGCGGAGAAGGCCCUGAAGGGGGAGUACAUCGAGGAAGAGCCCUCAGGACUGGUCUCAGGCGUCAAGAUCAAACACCUCAACAAGGUCUUCAGACUGGGCAACAAGACAAAGGAGGCAGUGAGAGACCUGACCUUGAACAUGUUUGAAGGACAGAUUACGGUUUUACUGGGCCACAAUGGAGCCGGCAAGACCACCACUCUGUCCAUGCUCACAGGCCUGUUCCCCCCCACCAGUGGCCGUGCCUAUAUUAACGGCUAUGACAUCUGCCAGGACAUGGCUCUUAUUCGCCGCAGCCUGGGACUCUGCCCCCAGCACGACGUCCUCUUCGACAACCUCACCGUCAGGGAACACCUGCUCUUCUAUGCACAGUUGAAGGGCUAUCCCCAGCACCAUAUUCCAGAUGAGGUGGACCGCAUCAUCAGCGUUCUGGACCUGGAGAAGAAGCGCGAUAGCCGCUCCAAGACGCUGUCUGGAGGCAUGAAGAGGAAGCUCUCCAUCGGCAUCGCACUCAUCGGAGACUCCAAGGUGGUGAUGCUGGAUGAGCCGACGUCGGGCAUGGACCCGUGUGCUCGGCGGGCCACCUGGGACCUGCUUCAGGGGGAGAAGAGGGGCCGCACCAUCCUGCUCACCACGCACUUCAUGGACGAGGCAGACCUCCUCGCAGACCGCAUCGCCAUCAUGGCAUCCGGGGAACUGCAGUGCUGCGGAUCACCGCUCUUCCUCAAGAACAAAUACGGUGCUGGCUAUCACAUGGUGAUCGUGAAGGAUGCUCUGUGUAAUGUGUCAGAGAUCACUCGUCUGGUCCACCUGUACGUUCCCAACGCCACACUGGAGAGUAGCGCAGGAGCCGAACUCUCAUACAUACUGCCCAAGGAGAGCAGCAGCCGCUUUGAGCUUCUGUUUGCGGAGCUGGAGAUGAACCGUGAUGAGCUGGGCAUCGCCAGCUACGGAGCCUCAGUCACCACCAUGGAGGAGGUUUUCCUCAGAGUGGGUAAACUGGUGGACUCCAGUCUGGACAUCCAGGCCAUCCAGCUGCCGGCUCUGCAGUACCAGCACGAGCGCAGGUCACAUGACUGGACCAUGGACGACACCAGCAGCAUCAGCGGACUCACAGACGUCACAGACUUCACCGACAGCGGAACACUCAUCUCGGAGGACUGCUCCAAUAUCAAGCUCAACACCGGGGCCCGUCUCUACAUGCAGCAGUUCUACGCCAUGUUCCUGAAGCGGGCGCUGUUCUCCAUGAGGAACUGGAAGGUGAUGGUGGCCCAAUUCUUGGUUCCGAUCGCCUUCACGGUGCUGGCGCUGGUGGUGGCCCGCACGCUGCCCGGACGCCACGACACGCCACAGCUGAACCUCACGCUGGAGCGCUACGGCCGCACGCACGUCCCCGUCGCCGUGGAUAGCAACGCGGGAGCCCUGGCACACGCCCUGGCACAGGCCUACAGCAACCAACUGGCAGAGCAGAGCGCCACCCUUAAUAACAUCACAGACUUCUCGGAGUACGUGCUUCAUAACGCAGAGGAGGAGGGCGGGGCGUUUAACGAGCACUGUGUGGUGGGCGUGUCCUUCCGCGGUAGGACGAGCGCCUUCGUGGAGGCAACGGCGUACUUCAACAACCAGGGCUACCACACGCCGGCCACGGCCCUCACGCUAUUGGACAACGCACUCUAUCGCAUGCUGGCCGGACCCAACGCCUCCAUACGCGCCGCCAACGACCCCAUGCCACGCAACCUGUCAGAGAGCGCCCAGAGCCAACUGUCUGUGAGUCAGACGGGCUUUGCGAUCGCCAUUAACCUGAUGUACGGCAUGGCGUCUCUCUCCAGCACCUUCGCUCUGCUGCUGGUGACUGAGCGCUCCCUCAAGUGCAAACACGUGCAGCAGGUGAGCGGUGUGUACCUGUCCAACUAUUGGCUGUCUGCGCUGCUCUGGGACCUCAUCAACUUCCUGCUACCCUGCCUGCUCAUGUUGGUGAUCUUCCAAGUGUUUGCGGUGAAGGCAUUUGUGGAGCACUCUCACCUGGUGGAUGUGCUGUUGGUGCUACUGUUGUUCGGCUGGGCCGUGGUGCCCCUCAUGUACCUGCUCAGCUUCCUCUUCUCCACGGCUGCCGCCGCUUACACGCGUCUCACCAUCUUCAACAUCAUCAGCGGCACCGCCAGCUUCCUAGCCGUCACCAUCAUGAGCAUACCAGAGCUACAGCUGCAGGAUCUGUCCCACAUCCUGGACAAGGUGUUUCUGAUCUUCCCCAACUACUGCCUGGGCAUGUCCUUCAGCCAGUUCUACCAGAACUACGAGCUCAUCUCCUUCUGCACCUCCAGCCCCAUCGCCGAGGCCAUCUGCAAAUACUACAACUUCACAUACCAGGAGAACUACUUCUCCAUGGCAGCCCCUGGUAUCGGGCGUUUCCUGGUUGCCAUGGCUCUGCAGGGGCUGCUGUACCUCACCCUCCUCUUCGUCGUGGAGCUGCAGUGGCUCCGCACGCUCAAGCGCCUCCUCGGCCUCCUCUUCUGCUGCAGGCACAGGAAGGGUGUGUUACUGGGUGAGGCAGCUCUGCAGCCAGAGGAUCGUGACGUGGCGGAGGAGAGGAAGAGGGUUCUAGAAUGCCAGCCGGUAGUGGAGUCCAUGGUGGGGAGCCCACUCAUCCUGCACGAGCUCACCAAGGUGUACACGGGGGGUCCGUCUCUGCUGGCGGUGGACAGGCUGUCCUUGGCGGUGGGGAAAGGGGAGUGCUUUGGCUUGCUGGGUUUCAACGGAGCGGGCAAGACCACCACCUUCAAGAUGCUGACGGGAGAUGAGACCGUCACCUCGGGAGACGCCUACAUCGAUGGAUACAGCAUCCUCAGGGAUAUCAAAAAGGUGCAGCAGCGUAUCGGGUACUGUCCCCAGUUUGACGCGGUGCUGGACCACAUGACGGGGCGAGAGACACUGAGCAUGUACGCGCGUCUGAGGGGCGUGCCGGAGAAGUACGCUGCUGCCUGUGUGGAGAACGUGCUGCGAUCACUACUGCUCGAGCCCCACGCAGACAAGCUAGUCCGCAGCUACAGUGGUGGCAAUAAGAGGAAGUUGAGUGCCGGCAUGGCUCUGAUUGGAGGACCUCCGGUCAUCUUCCUGGACGAGCCGUCGACGGGCAUGGACCCUGUUGCUAGGCGACUGCUGUGGGACGCCGUCACCCGCACCCGCGAGUCUGGCAAAGCAGUCAUCAUCACAUCACACAGCAUGGAGGAGUGUGAGGCCCUGUGUACGCGUCUGGCGGUGAUGGUGAACGGGCAGCUGAAGUGUCUGGGCAGCCCGCAGCACCUGAAGAGCAAGUUUGGCAGCGGCUACACGCUAUUGGCCAAGAUCCGACUGGACAGCGAGGUGGAGGAGACACACCUGCAGUUCUUCAAGGACUUCAUCGAGUACACCUUCCCAGGGAGUCUACUGAAGGAUGAGCACCAAGGCAUGGUGCACUACCACUUAACUGACAAGAGCUUGACAUGGGCCCAGGUGUUUGGGACUCUGGAGGCAGCUAAGGAGAAGUAUGGCGUGGAGGACUACUGUGUGAGCCAGAUCUCCCUGGAGCAGGUCUUCCUCAGCUUCGCCCAGUUCCAGCAUUGUGCCGAGACCAGCCGCUAGGGGGCAACGACGCACCAGACCAGACCAGACAGAGGAGACCCAGGAGGAGAAGAGAGGACAUGACACUGAGGAAGGAGGAGAGGAGAGGGAAGGCACAGCCGGUCUACAAACAGCCGCCAUACCUUGCUGUUCUACCCUUGCCUGCAGUUCACAUAGGGGUGCUGUCGAGCGAGAGCAGCCUAUUCAUUCUGAAUGGUGCCUGCUCUCGUUCGACAACGCCCCUAGUGCAGUACCACCUGGAAAAGUUGCGAGUGAACUCUCUCGUCAUAUCUAUAGAACCUCUCUGGGAAAAGAGAGGAGAGGAGAGGAGAGGGAGCAGAGCCA